CAGCCGAGUGGGAAACAGCAGGGAGAAAUCUGUGACAGGUGGGAGGCAAGUGAUUAAGAGGAACCUGACCGAAGAAGCACAAAGAGAUGUUGGUGGCUUGUGCAGGUGAAGCUGUCUCCCAGGAAAGCCUGUGCUGGUAAGACUGCCGUGGCAGAGCGAGGCGAUAGUCCCUGCGCUUCUACCCUGGCAACACUGCAGAGAAGUGCCUUCUGAAGCCGUGGAGAUGAACGCCAGAGGCUUGAGGAUCCCCUUGCUGCUGUUGCUGGUGACUGUAGUUGCAAUGGCCAAUGUGACUUACAUCCAAAGGUGGGGGGGCUUCAAGGAGAAGGCCACAAGCACGAAAAACAUGAACUCUACACUCCAUUUCUUCAUCCAGUUCUACAACAAUGCAAGCAACGACACCUACUUGUUUCGAGUUCAGAAGCUAAUUCAAAGUCAGAUGCAGCUGACCACAGGAGUGGAGUAUUUCGUCACUGUGAAGAUUGGCAGGACCAAAUGCAAGAAAAAUGAGACAAAGAAAGCUUCCUGUCCUCUGCAAAGCAGCAAGAUGAAAAAGAGCCUGAUUUGCACAUCACUGAUAUACACUGUGCCCUGGGCAAACUACUACCAGCUCUGGAACAACUCUUGCCAGGAUCACAGAGGGUCCAUGUGAAGAGCUCCUACUGACACCCAGAUGCCUGUGUUGUGUACUGGUUUUUAUAGAGCUCUAAGAGGA